AUGGAAACUCCAUUUAAGCCGCUUGCUUUGUCAACAUCUCGAGGGACCUCUUCCACCUUUCCCCUCACGCAAACCUCCACCCGAAGCCAGAGCCAGCAAGCCAGUGAUCUCCAAUCUGGCUCCGACGACCUAUCUAGAUUCGCUAGCCAAGAAAGCAGACAGGCCGACCGAACCCCCCGUCGCUCACGUCGCGAUGCCUCUGAUGACCGCCAGAUCUCUCCCAAGGGAGGCGCGCGGGACCGCACUCACCCAUCCCUUUCCCCUCAACAGCUAGGUCGAUCCGCCUUCGACGGCAAACCUCAUCGCCAUAAACAUAGCAGGUCACGGGACCUGCGGUUCCCAAAUGCCAUGAGUCAUUUAGCUUCCUCGGCAAGUGCGCGAGGCUUGCUCCCUACGUGGUCGGGCGGAAAGGACAAGGACCGCGAGGACGACGGGUUGCUGAGACCCUUCACAAGAGAGACAACGAGUGGUCGCUGGGGGUCCGAGUCAACGACUGGCCUAACUGACGGUCGCAAUGGGAGCCUGCUUGACACGCCUGAGCAAUAUGAACGACUGGGUCCAAUCCGCCGGCACGAUAUCAUGUCUAUGGACGACCUAGAGAAGGUCAGGAAACGGAGGAAACUGGGCGAGGAGUAUCUACGGUCUGCGUUGGCCUCGAUUGGGACAUUGGCCACAGACGUCACGCGUCGGCUGGACUACACGUAUUACAAUCUGCUAGAGAAGGUUACAGCCGUAAACUCGACCAUCUCGUCCUUCCAAGAGCUAUCCGACUCGGCCUCGACACUUCUAAACGACUUUGAGCGUGAGACGGCCGGCUUGGACCAGGAUAUUCGCAAGCAACUCGACGACCUCAAAGGCUUCGAGUCACAAAUUCAAAGGGCCGACGUAUUACAGCAACGUAUGAAAGCAGGGCGGCAGCGCGUGGAAGAAUUAGGCAAACGACUCGAAAGCGUGCGACACGAGAUCGAUAGCUGGGAACAACGGGAAACGGAGUGGCAAACGCGGACCAGUCGUCGACUCCGUAUCUUCUGGGGCAUUGUCGCAAGUACCUUGCUGGUGCUUCUGUUUGCUUUGGUCAUCCAAAAUUGGCCACAGCUCCGGUCUUCCCACGCUGGGAUGUCAGGUUUGACAGCCUCAAACAUCUCUUCAACCUCUGUGCCACCGCAGUCCGAGCGGGAUAAAGCCCUUAGCCUCGGAAGAGAGGGCUCAAGGUCUGCUGCAGGGCCUCCUCGAUAUCCGUCCAACCUUGCAGAUCGUCGUGAGAGCUUGGCCAAGGUUGGUCCGACUUCGACAGCAGGUCGGUCAGGACAUGAUACAUCACCUGCGGAGCACAACUUUCUCCGCGUGCUGGACGAAUUAUGA